CCUUGUAGUGACCAUAUCCUCUUCUAACUCCACACAUAUAAGCUGCAGUUGCUUUUAUACAUUGACACGCUCAUACAGCCUCAUAUCUUGAAUUAAGUUUUGGCUGUUCAAACUCAGGAGAAAACAUGUCCAACACAGGAUUUUCAACUUUUGUGUGGCUGUUUUUUGCAUGCUGCUUCUGCUACAGCAUAGCUCGGCCAACUAAACUCAACCAAGAGGCUUCAAACGACAGACCUGUGAUCGGUAUUUUGACUCAGAUGAUUUCAGAUAAGGCCAUGAAACCCUUCGGGAAGACCUACAUACCUUCCUCAUAUGUGAAAUACAUCGAGUCUGGAGGCAGCAGAGUGAUGCCUAUCAGAUUGACUCUUACCACCGCUGAUUAUGAAUCGAUUUUCAGGAAAAUAAAUGGCUUGGUUUUCAUCGGGGGGGCAGUGGAUUUGGAGAAAUCUGACUAUGCCAGGGUGGCCAAGAUUUUUUACAGACUCGCUCUCAAGGCCAAUGAUAAUGGGGACUUCUUCCCCAUCUGGGGCACGUGCAUGGGCAUGCAGCUCCUGACUGUGCUGGUAGCCGGUAAAAGUCUGUUGGAAGAAACCACGGCUGAGAACGUAGCGCUGCCCCUCAACCUGACCUCAGAGGCUGACUCUAGUAAGAUGUUUGAGGGUUUCCCCCAAAAGCUAAUGCAGGCUUUGACCGAAGAACCUCUCACUGGCAAUUUUCACCACUAUGGACUAUCAGUAAAGAACUUUCAGGACAACGAGCCGCUGCACGUUUUUUUCUCCCUUCUGUCUACAAAUGUUGCUGAAAACCAAGUCCACUUUGUUUCAACCAUAGAAGGUAGAAAAUAUCCCUUCUAUGGAGUCCAGUGGCACCCAGAGGUGAAUCCUUUUCAGUGGGAAAGAAAGCUUAACUUUCCUCACUCUGCUCACGCUGUCCAGUUAUCUUCCCUGCUCGCACAGUUUUUCGUCAAUGAAGGAAGGAGAAGUCUACAUCAGUUCGACAAUCCUGAGGAAGAGGCCUCGUCUCUGAUUUACAACGACACGCCUGUAUACGCUGGAAACUUCACAGGAUACGAACAGAUCUACUUCUUCUGAAAUCCUCUCUGUCUCCUGUCCCUAUGUGAAUUUACAACAGAUAAAUGUAUAUUCAGUCUGUGGUAGUUUUAAUCAAUGAUUGUUUUUAAAUUGCUUGAUUUCAAAAUACAUUUAUAUUGUUGUCACUUCUGAAUGUAGCUUGAUGGAAAAUGCAGGGUCUGUCUGUGGAAUUCAGAGCCAAUUAUUGUACUUUUUACUUUCCUACAUUUGUCUGACAGCUGUAGUAACUUUAAAGGUUUACAUUUUUAAUGCAAAAUAUAUUAAUCAUUAUAUAUACAAUGAGAUAUAUGGUACAAACUCAUAAGCUAUGCAGCAGAAUACUUAAGUAUUAGCCCUAGAACAUUUGAGUGAUGUAAACAUUAUGGAUCAAUCAUUUUAAUCUAAUAAUAUAUAUGAUUGUCAAAUAAGCACUUUUGUUUUUGGUACUUUAAUUAAUGCUAAUUCUAGUAUACUUUUGCUUCAGUGAAAUGUUUAACUAAGGAUCACAAAGUCUGCAUACAGAAGCUGUUCUGCAGCUUUUAAAUGGGCCACAUGAUGUUGUCAUGUCAAAUGAUAUAAUGUCCAUUUUGUUCUAUUUUUACUUUACAUGAACUUCUUUUCCCUGUCAAAUUUGAGUUUGAAAGUUAAUUGUUGACCAUGGAAACAGCGGGUAACAAAACAACCUCUCUUUAAAAUGCAUUUAAACAGUUAAAAGCUAAAUAAAUGUAAAACAAAGUCCAAUUGAAUCAUUCUGAGACUUUAUUUUGGUGUCUAGUCAAGGCUGUAUUACCAGGCAAGUUACAUAAAAAGCUUGAAAUGUA